GUCGAAUUAUUCACACGCAGACGUUCCCAACGAUCGGAUCGAAAAUUAUUCAAAUCGUGCAAAUCGUACAUGAAACUUGGUGUGAACGAAUAAUACUUUAUGUUUCUUCAAAACAUUUGUUUUUGCUCAGCGAAAUAUCAGCUCGUCAUUUUGAGGAAAUCAAGUUCAAGUGGUGAAAUUCAAAACAAUAAUGAGUUUGCGAAAGUGAUUUGCGAAAACAAAUAAACGGACAAUCGAUUGUAGAAUCACUCAAGGACAUUUGAUAAGCAUCCCUUUUCGCAGAAGAUUGCAAACAAUGUGCUAAGUUAUUCAAGCAUUUUGACAAUGGAUUAUUAAUUUGGACGAAACUUAACGAAAAGUUUAAAAUAUUGAACAUGCAUCAUUCAAGCGUAUAAGUCGUUGUUAUAUAAAAUCAUAAAAAACGCAUAAACGUUUUAAAAGUGCUUAAACAAGGCUAUAAAACGGCAACAAUAAGUGAAACCAGCUGCAAUUCUAUGAGUUUUGUAAACCUGAAAGCCGGAAAAAUUGAUGUUUUAAUGCUGCCAAACAGAUAGCAAUCAGCCCCAGCCGACAAAACAAGAGUGAAACCAAAGGCGAUCCAGAAGAUCAUAAGAUACAUAUAAAAUAUCUCACAGUUAAAAAAAAAGAGAAGUCAUAAGUACAUAUUCAGAAAUGGCCAAGUACUUUAUAGCCCUGGUGUUGCUGGUGUGUCUGGCCCUGGAGAACAGGAACGUAUACAAUCGCCUGCACGCCCGCUCCCAUCCGAGUUCCCGUGGCGACAUCCUUCGUCCGCAUCCUAAGCACCAGCCGCAUCCCCAUGUGCAGCACACCUCGCAACAGCUGCAGCAGCAACACCAUAUCCGGCAGCAACGAUCCCGUCAGCUGAAACACCUGGAACCGGAUCCGACCAGCGAGGAGGACGAUGUACCGAUCACCAAGCGGGAGUACUAUGCCCGCCUGAGGCGCCACGUCAUCCACAAGAGGCAGCACCUCCUGCAGCAGGAGCUCAGCUACAACCAUCCCGGCUCCCAUUCGGAGCAGCUAAAGGUGCCCCGCCUGUGGCAACACCUCAUGGAGCAGGAGGAGAAGGCACACCGACAUGUGAGCCCGCCCGUGGAGUUGCCUAUCAUGUACGGAGAUGCCCCCGAGGAGUCAUCCCUCUCCUCCGAUGAUCACUUUGAUGAUCUGUCGCCGCUGGACUUUGUGCGCAACGAACUGAUGGCCGAGGACCAGCAGAAUCAGGAGAAGGAUCUCGAUCUCGAUCUGGACCUAGAUCAGCAGCCGGAAACGCCCAUAGAGCCAGAGCUCCCAUUGGGUGAGAGGAACAUCACCAUUUCGGUGAAGUCCAGCGCCGGAGGAUGCCCCAAGUGCGAGAGCAAUCGCCAAGUGGAGCACAUCACCGAGGAGCAGCUGACCCACUUACGCAUCGAGUUCGUUAAGCAGCAGAUCCUGGAGAAGCUGCGCCUCAAGGAGAGCCCCAAGGUGUCGGCCGUGGAGCUGCCCAAGCCCAUCUUCGACGGGAUGACACUCUCCCAUCCGGACGAUAGCACCAAGAACAAGGAGCUGGACGAUUACUACGCUCGCACUAGCAAGAAGUUCAUACUGCUCAAUAGAGAGGAGGUCGAGUGCAACCGAGCGAGAGAUGGAAAAUCCAAUCCGUCCAUGUGCUUCACCUUCAAGAUAGACGACGCAGAUGCCGAGGGCUUCGACGUGAGCACCGCCGUCCUGUGGCUCUUCAAGAACAAACAGAACCGCACCGACACGGCAUCGGUGAACAGCACCAGUGCCCAGCAGACGAUCGUAGUCUCCGAGGUGGAGGUGGAUCAGCAGAAGGACUCCAAGUAUUUGUCGGCGGCCAAGACCAUAGCCAUCCAGUCGGUGAAUGUGCAAGAUGAGUGGAUGAAGAUCGACAUUGAGUGGCCCAUCAAACACUGGAUCAGUGGCCACGAGCUGAGCCACCUCAUCCAAAUCACCUGCGGUGGCUGCGAUGUCAGCGACAUGGAGGAGAUCAUUUCGGUGGACAAGGAUUACCGGCCAUUCAUCGUGAUCGACAUGCAGAACAGGCGGCGCAAGAGUCGCCAGAAGCGCAGCAUCAACUGCUCCAGCGGAAUGACCGAGUGCUGUCGGGAGCACCUGUACAUAUCAUUCCGGGACAUCGGCUGGAGCAACUGGAUCCUGAAGCCGGAGGGCUACAAUGCCUACUUCUGUCGCGGAUCCUGUAGCUCGGUGGCGAGUGUUACGCAAGCGGCCUCCCACCACAGUUCCAUAAUGAAAAUUCUCUCCACGAGCGGUGCUAACAAGUCGCUGGAGUUGGUGCCCUGCUGCACCGCCAAACAGUAUUCCUCGCUGCAGCUGGUCGUGAUGGACUCGAGCAACACGGCGACGGUGAAGACGCUGCCCAACAUGGUGGUGGAGUCAUGUGGCUGCAGAUAGAGAGGCGAAUAGAAUUAGCCAAGUUACAUUUACGUUACAUCGGACAAAUUAGACGUAGACUCCAUUUCGCUCCAUUUCAGCUAGCAUCCAACCAUCCAACUACAUUUCUCUCCAACUAAUUUAAACUCAUUUUGCAAAGCAUUUACAUUAGCGUUGUCAUUUAAUCGUAGUUACCUGUAGUGCCUGAGCUGCCACUAGUUGAUAGUUAAAAGCUAAAGUCAAUGUACUUAAGCUCUCGAAGUAUGUAGGUAGUUAGCCAAUGGCUUCAAUUAAUUUAAUAGCUAUCUUUAAACGUAAAGUAGUGAUUUGCAUUGUUUAAGUAGCGUGUUUUGAGUUAUUAGCAGAAAACAUGAAAAUCGCAAAAUAAAACAUAAUUAAUAUAAUGUAAGAUAUGCAUUUUUCAUAGGGGCAGCGUACCACAAACUCAUCGGAGUGCAUAAUGCACAUUACUGUAUAGAAAACCAAGUAUCUGAGUUACAAUAUGGAAUGUAGGGUCUUAGAAAAUAUCCUAACUAAUUAAAAAAUGGUAAAACGUUGUGUCGAAAAUGUAAUUGGUUUGUAGGAAGUCCAUGGAAUAUAGCAUACCUUUAGGCACUUUACAGUUUGGUAAGCUCUGC